AUUUUACUGGGGCUCAUCAUUGGGAUUAUUGUAAUCAUUUGGCAUAUAAAGAAAAUUUACAUCCCGAAUCACUGCUACAGCAAAUCCGCCGUCGCAGCCGAAGCGGGGAAAUGUUCUGAGAUCGGCAGGUGACUUCCUGGAAGAAAUGGACACACUGCUUAGUGUUUUCCCUUCUGAUAGCUCCCCCCUGACAGUGCUUGGUGACUUCAACCUCCCCUCUGACAAGCUUCAAUCUUCUUCCCGCCUGACUCUUCUCGACAUUCGCCCUGACACUCAACAGCUACAUCCCCACACACAAUGGAGGCAAUGUCCUGGACCUGGUUUUCACCCGUCCUUCUCCAGCUACAGACGUGACUGCUACCCCACUACACGUCUCUGAUCAUCACCUGGUAUCCUUCACCAUUACUCUCCCUAUCCUCCCUAAAACUAUCUCUCACCCCCUCGCUCUAACCCGCCACAACCUUUACUCUGUCUCCCCUUCUUCUGUAGCUUCCUUCUUAUUUUUUCCUCACUACCCUUGGUCUCAGCCACAGAUACUUUCCUUUCAUCUCUUUCCUCAACUAUGGACUUCCUCUGCCCUCUGUCCACUAAACCCAAGAAAACUUCUUGUUCUGCUCCUUGACUUUCAGAUGUGCUGCACAACAAUCAAAGAGAGCUAAGAUCAUCAGAGAGAAAGUGGAAGAAAUCACAACUUGAUCUUGAUUCUUACCGAACACUCCUUGCCAAGUUCUCCUCAGAUGUGACUUCUGCCAAGACUUCCUUCUACAAGGAAAAUCUUGAAGCUUCCUCACAUGACUCUCGGAAACUCCACAACAUCAUCUCUUCUCUGCUCAACCCCCCGGCUUCUUUCUACCAGGAGAAGAUUGAAGAAAUCUGCCGGACCUUCACUUCAGCCCCGACUGCACUUACAUCUCAGAGUAUGGAUUCCCCUACAGGACUGAAGUAGAGCGUGUCUUCAGUUUCAAGGUCCUGGGCAUCCACAUCUCUGUGGAACACUUCAGCUCUGGUUAGGAAGAUGCAACAGCAUCUUUACUUCCUGAAAAGACAUUAAAAAGUUAAUCUAUCCCCUGAGAGCUUGACCAAUUUUGAACAUUACAUGUCCCCUGUAGGCACUUUUGGUGUUGGACAGUAGAGAGCAUGGUCACUCUGACUGGCUUGCAUCUACUUUUUCAGCAGAUUGUGCUACAGGAGCUCUUCUGUGUGAUCAGACCACAUGGACUAGCCUUCACGCCACAUGCAUAAGUGAGCCUUUGGUAUCCAUGAUGGUUGUCCUUCCACUGCAUAACAGAAACACCAAACAAGACCUGCUGUUUUGGACACUAGACAUAAUCAUUUGGCCCUCAGUAUUUACACUUGCAUACAUUUGGAGGAAUGACUGAUCACCAGCUUCAUCUGCACACGGUGGUUUCAGAGGUUGUAAUAGUCAUGUUGUGUGUAUGUGUGUGUGUGUGUGUGUGUGUGUGUGUGUGUGAGGGAUGUGUUAAAGAGUGGUGGUUCUUCAGUCGAUGCUGCCAUCGCAGUGCUGUUGUGUGUGGGACUGUUUAAUGCUCACAGCAUGGGUAUCGGAGGAGGACAUUACAUCAUCAUCUAUAAUAGCACAACAGGGAAGGUGGAGACGAUCAGCGCAAAGGAAAUGGCUCCCCUAAAUGCGACAUUUAACAUGUUCGGCAACAACACACAGCUCGCUCGAAAAGGAGGUCUGGCCAUCGCGGUCCCCGGCGAGCUUCGUGGUUAUGAACUGGCACACCGGCGUCAUGGCCGCCUGCCGUGGAGGGAUCUGUUUGAGCCGAGCAUCCAGCUGGCACGUGGCGGCAUCCGAGUCAGCAAAGCUCUCGCCAAAUCCUUGCGUGAUAACCAGGAGGUCAUUGAGGCUGAUCCUGCGCUGUGUGAAGUAUUUUGUGAUUCCAACAAAACCAUCCUGAGAGAAAACGACACGGUCAGAUUCCCACAGCUAGCAGACACCUACGAGAGGAUCGCUAAGGAAGGAGCUGAUGUUUUUUAUAAUGGCUCAAUGGCUGAAACCAUAGUGAAGGACAUCCAGGCUGCAGGUGGCAUUAUAACACUUGAAGACCUGUCAGGUUACAAACCAGUGUUAAAUGAAAGCCCACUGAAGAUCAAUGUGGGAGAAUACACAAUGCACUUUCCUAAUGCUCCAUCUAGCGGUCCUGUGCUAGCGCUAAUCCUCAACAUUGUGAAAGGUUAUAAUUUCUCACCCAGCAGUGUGUCUACUCUGGAGAAGAAGACGCUCACUUAUCACCGCAUUAUUGAGGCUUUCCGCUUCGCCUACGCUAUGAGGAGCAAACUGGGAGAUCCUCAAUACCUCAACAUCACUGACCUCAUCCACAACAUGACCUCAGAUUACUUUGCUGAAAACAUCCGCAGUAAGAUUACAGACAACACCACACAUCCUGAGACUUACUACGGACCGGAAUACUUUAACCCUGAGACUUAUGGGACGGCUCAUCUGUCUGUCAUCGCUGAGGACGGGAGCGCCGUGUCUGUGACCAGCAGCAUCAACCUUCAUUUUGGCUCUAAAGUGAUGUCGCGUUCCACUGGAAUCAUCUUUAACGAUAUUAUGGAUGACUUCAGUUCUCCGCACAUCACAAAUGCAUUCGGUGUUCCUCCUUCUCCUAAUAACUUCAUUAAACCAGGUAAAAGGCCGCUCUCGUCCAUGUGUCCGGCCAUCAUCUGUGACAAACACAACAAAGUGAAAAUGGUCGUGGGAGCUUCAGGUGGGACAAAGAUCGCCACGGCAACGGCUCUGGUGAUCCUGAACUCUCUGUUCUUUAACUACGAUCUGAAGAGAGCUGUAGAAGAACCCAGGUUCCACAACCAGCUGAGCCCCAACUACAGCGAGGUGGAGCAGGACUUUGAGAAGAGUCUUAUACACGGACUGGAGCAGAGGAAUCAUACCAUAAAGUGGUUACAGGGUUCACCUUCAGUGGUCCAGGUCGUGAUGAGGCAGGACAAUCUGAUCUGUGCUGAAUCAGACCCCCGGAAAGGAGGGCAACCUGCUGGCUACUGAAACCUUUUUAACAACUAUCAGCUUUUAUCAGAAUGAAUAAAACUCAUUAUACAGUUUUCACAUAGAAGACUUUUGGGUGCAGAGAUGGAGGGAGCUGCUUCUUUUAUGGAAUGAAUUAGUUCUCAGGUCAUCUGGAUCACUUCACUGCUCCUCACCUUCCUCAUGAAUGCUGUGGUUUUCAGUUUCGCCCAAUUUUAAAGUUUUUGUAUUGUCUGUUGGAAAGAAGUGUUUAAGAGAAAUAAAACACAUAAAACCAAA